AUGUUUCGUGAUCAGGGGUCAUUACUUAUAAAACUUGGUUGUUCGGACUUCAACGAAAACGAUAAGCCAGAAAUAUUCGAUACAGAAUUGUGUACCUACCUUGAUACGAGCGUUGAGACUGGAGUGUUAUAUUUUGUAAAAUACAAACAUUCGGCAAUGGUAUAUAAACAGACAUUGAUGCUGUGUUUGUCAGCGUGGCUGGUGUCGGGUCAACGACCUUCGUUUGCGGGUUCGAAGCCUAUUGGAUAUCCGGAGUUAGCUACCUCAGAGAGCCCUCUCGGUAACAGGUUUGGUAGCAAUGAUGUCCCGUUGCCAGUAGAAGCGAAAGGAGAUAGGGAUCUCGUUGAGCGUCUAUCCAAACUACCGAUCGACCAGCAGCCAUUCUGGUACAUCAAUUGGAAGGCAAUUGAAGCAAACAACAAGAACCCACAAACAUAUCCACAAAGAGGCAACUCAUUCAUUGACCCUAACAAUGGUUCAGCUCCCAGUGGCGCCCAAAAUCCUGCCAACACAAAUAACGCACCAAAUUCUUCGGACCUCACCUCAAAGUUCGGAAGUCCCAAUGAAAAUUCGUUCUCCAACACGCCACAGAAGCAACAGUACCGUCAAAGAAAUUACGGUCGUUAG